AUGCGCCGUCUGCGCCUACCCGGCCAAGAACCGUUCUUCGUUCUAUCGACGUGUCAACGUGGACCACAAAUCACCGCCGAGUUUUACGAUGAGCUGAUGUCGAAGUGUAUGAACAACUUUUCACUGUCGAAGGAGGUGCUGAGGGGAUGGCUGAAUCGCUUCGAGCCGCGCAAUUCGACCGACUGGAAUUUGCCACUGAAUAAUCAGCAGCUCAAUUAUUACAUCGAUGACGACACUGAUCCUCAGCAGCCCAGCACCUCUGCAUUGUGGCCAUCUUCAUCCAGCCAUGAACCAGUGCCAUUCUCGGAUCUAUUCCAUGUGUUCAACGACCUGCCCGCCAAUGCUCCUACCGAACAUAAGCUCGUCAAGCAGGAGCCAGUCACUAGCGAAGUUGGCAGCAACGCCGCCACCGCCGCUCCUUUCCGCGGGCCCGGCAACCAGCAGUGUUCCAACGAUGUGGCGAUCUUACGAAACCGGUUGGCUCAGAGCGAGGCUCGCGCGGCGGCAGAGAUUGCAGAGCUGAAGGCCAUGCUCGAGGUGAAGGAGCAAGAAAAUCGGAUGCUGCGCACCGAAUUGGCGGAUGCUAACAGCACUCAGACGCGUAUCGAGUUGCAGCGAAAGGAG